AUGUUGACCCAAGAUCAACUUCAACGUUAUGAACAAGAUGGUUUUCUUGUUGUCAAACAACUAUUAACACUUAGUGAAUGUCAAAAGUUGAAAACAACUGUCGAUCGAUUGAUCGACGAUUGGGAACCGGAACAAGAUUAUUCAUGGAUGUUUCCACAUGGUCAAACUAAAGAACGAUCAAUGGAUCAAGAACUUAUCGAUAGCGGUGAUACGAUUUCAUUUUUUAUCGAAAACGAUGCUGUCGAUCCCCAAACAGUCCAGUCUCAUCGAGAUUCAACAUAUAUACUUAGUGAACCUUUCAAAGCUGUCGGCAUAUGGAUUGCUCUUGAAGAUGCUACAAUUGAAAAUGGAUGUCUCUGGUUUAUACCUGGCUCGAAUUCGACAACAACCAAACGACGUUGUAUUCGAAAUCCAAAUGAACAAGAAUUUAACGAUGGCAAAGUGCUAAUUUUUCAAGGAGAAGAAGAAUAUGAUGAUAGUGCCUUUAUUCCUGUUGAAGUCAAAGCUGGUGAUGCGAUUCUUAUCGAUGGUCAAGUCGUACACAAGAGUGAACAGAAUAAAUCACCGCAGACAAGACAAAUAUGUGCAUUUCACAUUUUUGAAACACACAAUUCAACUUACAGUAAAGAAAAUUGGCUUCAAACAGCUACAUCAUUUCCAUUACUCUACGAUGAUUAA